CCCUGGUAGUUUGGGCAGAGCGUUUGAAGCAGGAAAGAGGGCGUCGUCAGAUUUGGGGAAAUAGAUCAAAACAGACCAACACCAUCCGUCUCAUUUGGCACCAACACGCCCAUUUGUUCCAACUGGAUGUUCCAGACUGAUGUUCCAGACGGCGAAGUCAUAGCUUCUUAGUUACGUAUAGUAAUGCCAGGAGCGCGCCGUUCGUAGCUCCUUGCUCCGUUCGUAGCGAUGCCCUUUGCCACUGCGGCAGGAGGCGCCGAAGUCCAGUCCUUUGCUGCCACUACCCUCGAAGCCAAAGAAGCUGGCACCGUGGGCGAAGACUCCUCCAAGUCCCGGCGCGAAGACCCCUCAGAGCCCCAACGCAUCACCCAGGUCGGCCGUCUCCCCCACCAGCAGCUCUCCACCCUCUCCACGCCCCAACCAGCUGCGGCUGCCAAUCCCAGCGCAGACUACAGCACCUUGACACAGCGAUGCGAUUUGCCCUGCUGGGCCAAGAAGUUUGCCUCGUUGGCACGAGUGGAAGAUGGUCAAAUCGUGGUGGAGCUCGGGAUGGAGGCGGCGGCAAGCUCAGCAGCAAGGGAAGAGCUCUACGAGCUUGUGGAGUACGAUCUGGAAUUGCCCAAGGGAGCUUUGAGCACAUGCAACGUCUCAAUUAAGUCUCCCAAACCGCGUACGCCACGGAAUUUCAAUGACAGCCUCUCCGAGCCGGAGACGGUGUUCCAUUGCUGCGACACCAACGGUAAUGGCCAACUGGAUUUGCACGAGGUGAAGUUUGCCUUGAAUGCCUUCGGGUUGUUCCCCUCCCUGGACUACCUCAGUGCCUGGAUGGAUGGCCCUACGCUGAGCUUCGAUGCCUUUGGGAAACUCUUGGAUGCCAAGCUUCGCAGCGCUCCGACCUCCAUGCGCGGCCCGCGCACGGUGCCCUACUCGCGGCGAGGAAUCCGCAUGGAGCAAGUGGAAGGCCUUUAUGAGACCUUCAUCUCCAGUGGAUGGUUGCAGCAGCAAUGCGAUAACUUUAAUGCCCAGAACGAGCAAGCCAUUUGCCGGCGGAAAUGCUUCGCGAUGGAGACGAACCUCUAUGCGCUCAAUCGCUGGGUCAUCAUGCCCAGCACCACACCACAGCCCGCAGAGAAAGUGCCGAAGGACAUGCAGAGGGCUGCUGGCAUGCCUAUGGCCAGCCAUGAGAGCUCCUUCUCCGAGCUGAUGAACCCAGAGGGCUUGGCGGUCGACUACUUCGUCUCCCACUUCUGGGGUCAUCCCUUUCAGGACACCUGUGCAGCCCUGCGUGUGUGGUCUCAGCAAGUCUACUGGCAGAUCUCGAAGCCUCGCAUGAACGACAUGGUCUACUGGAUCUGCCUCAUGGCUUUGAACCAACACCGUCCCGGUGACGAGGUGGGCUCUUCUCCAGAGGAGGGUCCUUUCAAUGCAGCGUUGGUGCAAUCCAGCUGUGGGGCAGUGAUGAUCUUGGAUGAAAAGGUGCAGCCCUUCACGCGCAUUUGGUGCCUAUUCGAGGUGAAGCGCCUCACAGACUUGAACAAGGACUUCCACCUCAUCUCCGCCAAGGGCGCCAUGGGUGCCAAUCUGGCUGCUGAAAUGGAUUUGGAACAGAGGCGUGUCUUGAUGGAAUUGACCCAGCGAGUGGCUUCAGGUUUGGAGGACAUAUCAGCAGCCAAGGCCAAGUCCAGCAGUGAAGAUGACAGGUACGCCAUUUGGCACCGCGUGGCCGAUCCGCAGCUCCGCAAGGUGCCGCUGGCCAUCGCACGGGAGAAGAAGCUCUUCCACCCAAAUGCCUUCAAACGCUUUGACUUGACGAUCCGCAGCUUGCUGGCAGCUCCUCUAUAUCAAACCAGUUUGCAGGAGGAGGAUGUCCAGAGUGCCCUUCGAUACUUGGGCUUGGGCGCACCCUUCGGGCGUCGCGACCUGGAACUGCUUCGGGAACGGGACAUCGACGUGGUGAAGGUGGAGAUCGCGGUGCGCAGCGGAACUAGCUUGGUGCAUUGGCAGCUCCUCCAUGUGGCCGCAUACUUUGGGCACACGGAGGCUGUAGAGGCUCUGGUCGAGUCGAAGGCCAAUCUGGAGGCCAAGACUAAGUUCAAGCUGACACCUCUACAUCAAGCAGCCCGCAAUGGGCAGACGCUGAUUUGUGAGAUGCUUUUAGACUACAAGGCAGAUCUCCAUAACGUGGCCGCACAGGGGCGCACGUGCUUGCAGAAUGCAGCCCAUCAGGGCCAUCGAGGCGUAGUCGAACUCUUGCUGGCGCGCAGGGCCAAUCCCAACAUCAAAGAUGAGAAUGGAGCAGUUGGGCGAAGAGAACUGGAGGGAUUUUGCAAAAGGCAUGGGCAAGAGGAGGAGGGUCUACACGAGCCUAGGUGUUUGACCUGAUUGUUCUCCCUGUGGUCAUGCUAUGUCACAAUAUAGUCAUCAGGGAGCCUUUGAUCUAGGAACCUCGCCAGAAGAUCAUCAGAGACCAGUUGCUUGGGGCGAUUUGUUCUUCUGGGAGUUACAGCACUCCAUUCCGCCGCCGCGUCGGGUCACGGCGAGAUGGUGGAGGUGCUGCUGUCCUCGGGCGCCGACCCCUUCCUGCGUCAAGCCGACGACCUGACGGUUUUACAUGUCGCCUCCAUGCGCGGUGCCGUGGAGGUUGCGAGGGAGAUCGUGGAGAAGACCCCUCAGCGGCAAAAGCUCUUGCGCAGCGGUUCCACCAAGGGUAGUGUGCUGGACCUGGCGGGCACCACUGAGAUGGCCGAGUUCCUUCGCGGCAUCUCUGAAGGGUCUGACAGCUGAAACUUUGAGGGCUGGGUGUGACACUGGGGUCCUCAUAUUCAUUCACCUCUUUAUGUGGAGGCAGAAUGGUAAUGAUCCCCAGUGGAACUCUCUUCCUAUGGUGGUUGUCCUCCCAAUGUGGUGGCGUAGCACACACCUAUCCUUUUUGAGACUCCUAGUUCAACCUCAGCUGCACGACCUCUGAUCUCGGCAGACAAGCUGCUCAGACCGAAACCAUUUACAGAAGCCGAACAGGCCUGGAGCCACUUUUCCCGCUGCCUUGGGGCCAGGAUUCCACCGGGGAGCAAUCC